UUGUUCUUCCCGCCCAACGCCUCGCCGCGCUGCAUGCUGGGAGUCGACUGUCUCUGGCGCCAUCUUGUCCCCUCAUUGUAGGAUUGUGUUUUUUUUCCUUCCGUUGAGGCUUCGGUUCUCCUGAGAUUCCGUUCGUGUUGUCGCCAUGGGGAGGAAGAAGAAGAAGCAGCUGAAGCCCUGGUGCUGGUACUGUAACCGGGACUUUGAUGAUGAGAAAAUUCUUAUCCAGCACCAGAAAGCUAAGCAUUUUAAAUGUCACAUAUGUCAUAAAAAGCUCUAUACAGGCCCUGGUCUAGCAAUCCACUGCAUGCAGGUCCAUAAAGAAACUAUAGACGCUGUUCCUAAUGCAAUUCCUGGAAGAACUGAUAUUGAACUGGAAAUCUAUGGCAUGGAGGGUAUACCUGAAAAAGACAUGGAAGAGAGGAGAAGAUUACUUGAACAAAAGCAAGACAACCAGAAAAAGAAAGGCCAGGAUGACUCUGAUUAUGAUGAUGACGACGAUUCAGUAGCAUCCACUUCAUUUCAACAACAAAUGCAGCCACAGCAGGGAUACAUGCAAGCCAUGGGGCAAGCAGGUCUUCAUCACGGGAUGCCAGGUGUACCGGGAAUGCCCCCAGGUAUACCCCCACUAAUGCCAUCUGUGCCACCAUUGAUGCCUGGAAUCCCUCCUGUGCUUCCAGGAAUGCACCACGGACUAAUGCCAAUGGGAGGAAUGAUGCAUCCUCAUGGGCCAGGAAUACCUCCCAUGAUGGCUGGUUUGCCACCAGGUGUGCCACCACCCGUUGGACCUCGUCCUGGAAUGCCAUCUGUAACGCAGUCACAGCCUUUAUCUGCCCCAGGUGUUGGCAGACUUUCCGCUCCCAGUACAUCGGCACCAGUCAUGCAGCCUGUGCCAAAACCACUUUUCCCCAGUGCUGGGCAGAUGGGAUCACAGGUCACAAGCUCCAGUACAACGUCCUCCAAUUCAGAAAGUCUGUCUGCGCCUCCUAAAGCGCUGUUCCCUAGCACAGCACAAGCUCCAGCAGCAGUGGCAGGACCAGUCGGAACAGAUUUCAAACCCUUAAACAGUGCGCCUGUUACAACUACAGAACCUCCUAAAGCAACAUUCCCUGCUUACACCCAAUCCACGCUGUCAACCACUAGUACUACAAACAGCACCCCUGCCAAACCUCCUUCCAUAACAAGUAAGCCUGCUACCUUGACAACAACUAGUGCAACCAGUAAGUUGAUCCAUCCAGAUGAGGAUAUAUCACUGGAAGAAAAACGGGCCCAGCACCCUAAAUACCAGCGUCACCUACCAAGGCCUGGCCAGGCUCCUUUAAGCAAUAUGGGUAAUCAAGGUGUUGGCCCUAUGGGAGCAAUGAUGGCUCCACAACCUGGACCCCCUCCCCAGCAGCCGGGUAUGAGGCAUCCGAUGCCACCUCAUGGUCAGUAUGGCAGCCCACACCAAGGCAUGCCUGCAUAUCACCCGGCUGGAAUACCACCCUAUGGGCAAGGUCCCCCCAUGGUCCCACAGUACCAAGGAGGACCUCCUCGGCCUCUGAUGGGAAUCAGACCUCCUGUAAUGUCUCAAGGUGGCCGCUAUUAAAUAGGUUUGGAGAUUAAACCUUUUCUCAUCUUGUGCUGUGUAUAUAGCCAGCUUCCCUGUGGCUAACACCAUAUCUCCCCGCAGACCAGGAACUGUUGGACAUUUUGUUUUACUUGGGGAGGGCUAUUUUUAUUUGAGGGGAGGGGUUGGUGGAACUUAAAACAGGAGAUAUUCCUGAUAUUGCAAUUUAUACUGUAUGGCUUUUUUUCAUGUUUCAUCUAGGUUUUUAGAAGUGGCGUAUAGUAAAUAUGGUUCGUUUAAUUGUGAAGGCGCCAAAUCCCACCUUUAAAGGCAAGUUCUGUGAUGUUCCAUUUGGUCUUUAAAAAUGAAGCCCUCACAGCACCUUCAUGGUGCUGUUGGAUUUUCGUCCCCAACGUUGGUUGGUGAGGGCACUUUCUGUUCCAACCCAAGUGUGAUUGUAUUUACAUUUUCCAUUUAUGACCCCGAUCUGUAAUGUGAGACCCUCAUUAUGUAAUAAAGUAAGAGAAAACCUUC